AUGUUUCAGAACUUGCGCGCAGUCAUGGCCGAAACACAAACUCAAACCUAUCUCCAACUCUUCUUCCUCUGGCUACUCUUAACCAUCGUGGUUCGCGUCAUACUCGUGUCCACGCGCCGCCAGCUGCGCCGUCCACCGGGACCACCCUCCCUCCCAGUGGUCGGCCACCUCCACCUCAUCUCUGCCCUCCCUCACCGGUCAUUCCACGAGCUUUCCACGCGCUACGGCCCCAUCAUGCAGAUCUUUCUGGGGUCCGUUUCGUGCGUGGUGAUUUCGUGUCCGGAACUGGCGAAAGAGUUCCUGAAAACGAACGAGGGGAGCUUCUUGAACCGGUUCAUAAGCGAGGCGGUUCACCACCUCUCGUACGGGUCGAACGGGUUCCUCUUCGCGCCGUACGGAAAGUUCUGGAAGUUCAUGAAGAAGAUUUGCAUGUCGGAGCUUCUCGGUGGCCGCACCCUCGACCAGUUCCUCCACGUCAGGGAACAAGAGACUCUAAGGUUCCUGCGCGCGUUACGGACGAAAGGGGAGGCGCGUGAGAGCGUGAAUGUCAGCGGGGAGUUGUUGACUUUGACGAACAGUAUUAUAUCGAGGAUGGUGUUGGGACGGACGUGCUGCGAGAGCGACGGGGAGGUGGAGGAGGUGAGGAGGAUGGUGGAGGACACUGCUGAGCUGGCGGGGAAGUUCAAUCUGGCAGAUUUCGUUUGGGUCUGUAAAGGGUUGGAUUUGCAGAGAAUGAAGAAGAGGCUUGUGGAGAUUCUGCAGAGAUUUGAUGGGAUGAUGGAGAGGGUGAUAAGAGAGCAUGAGGAGGAGAGGGAGAGAAGGAAGGAGAGAGGGGAGGAAGGGGAGAGGGUCGGGGAUUUGCUUGAUAUUUUGUUGGAAAUUCAUCAAGAUGAGACCAGGGAGAUGAAGUUGUCCAUAGAAAAUGUCAAGGCUUUUAUCUUGGACAUAUUCAUGGCAGGAACAGAUACUUCAGCCAUAACGAUGGAGUGGGCCCUAGCCGAGUUAAUCAGGAACCCUAAUGUGAUGGAGAAAGCAAGAGAAGAGAUAGGAUCAGUGACAGGAAACAACAGUAGAAUAAUUCAAGAGUCAGAUCUUGGCAACCUUCCCUACAUGCGAGCCAUAGUGAAAGAAACCCUGAGGCUUCACCCCACAUCGCCCUUCAUAGGGAGAGAGUCAUCAGAGAGCAGCAAGGUUUGUGGGUAUGACAUUCCAGCAAAGACAUUGCUGUUUGUAAACUUGUGGUCCAUGGGAAGGGACCCCAAGCUGUGGGAGAAGCCUCUUGAGUUCAGGCCAGAGAGGUUCAUGGGGGAGGAGAAGCAGUUUGAUGUGAGGGGACAGAACUUCCAACUGAUGCCAUUUGGGAGUGGGAGAAGGGUGUGUCCUGGUGCCUCACUCGCACUUCAGGUUAUACCCUCUAACCUUGCUGCUAUGGUUCAGUGCUUUGAGUGGAAGGUUGAAGGGAGUAUAAGCAUGGAAGAAAAGCCAGCCAUGACACUUCCCAGGGCACAUCCUUUGGUCUGUGUCCCCGUGCCUCGAUUCUCACUUUCCUUCUAG